AUGCCAUCAGGUGUUAUCUUUAUCAUUUAUAUCCCAUCAAGCAAUUAUGAACAUAUCCUUAAAUUUGGUAAACCAAAAGAAUUGCUACCAUUAGAUCCGCUGCUUGAAAAUUGUCAUUUAGAGGUGGAAUUGCGUAAUAAGAAAGCGAGAAGCAUUCCAAUACAUUUGACGCAGAAUUUUUAUAGCGAAAACUAUAAUCCUAUAUUGGAAAAUAUAAAUGAAGAUGACGAAUUCAUUACAAUGGAGAGUAUUUUGCAAGAAUUAUUACGCAAAUUAAACGUGGAGCACGUUGUGUGGACGAACGACAAAUUGGGCAAUUAUCACGAGGUGGUAUUUCCCCUAGCCACGGGAGACACGUGCGAAACCAUGCUCCAUUGCUUAACACAACUAGGGAUCGGCGUUCGCAACAAGUCCAUUGUCAGUGUUCUACCUUGUAAUGUAGUACAUGCAGCUUGUGAUUAUCCUGAUGAUGAUGAUGAUGAUGCACUCCUAAAGAAAAGUGAGGAAGCGAAACGAUGGCGAAGUUUUGUUGAAUCAAUUAGGUCAAAACUGACAGUGAAGCAAGUUGUCGACGGCGUCCGAGGCGGCGGGGAACUCUCGUUUGACUAUCUUACUCUAAUAAUAACAGCUGAUUCUCUGGCAGCAUUAGGCUUAGUGGAAAACAAUGCAUCAAAUAUUGUGGCAGCCAUGCUGGUAUCACCUCUCAUGGGACCCGUCAUGUCCAUCACAUUCGGAACCAUUAUAUCCGAUAGAAGUCUAGUCCGAAGCGGCUUUGAGAGCCUUAUUCUGGGGAUGCUCUUCUCUUUAUUAUUUGGCUUCAUAUUUGGACUUAUUUUGGGUACUACGGAAAUGCCUUGGGGCUUUGGUGACUGGCCCACUGAAGAAAUGAAAUCACGAGGUAACGUUCGCUCUUUAUGGAUGGGUGUGCUUUGGGCUCUGACCUCCGGAACGGGCGUGGCGCUCGCCCUACUGCAGGGCAGUGCAGGUCCACUGAUAGGCAUCGCCAUAUCUGCCUCGUUGUUACCGCCCGUUGUGAAUUGCGGCUUAUUCUGGGCAUUGGCGUGUAUAUGGUUGUUGUAUCCAGGCGUGAAAAUACCCCACAUCAAAGGAGAGCCGUAUUACGGUAAUUCGUCUUACGUGCCGCUCUACCAUGACUAUAUGCCUAUAGAGUUCGCUGUGAAUGGUAUUGUUAGCUGCUGUUUAACAAUCGUAAAUGUAAUAUGUAUAUUUAUCACGGCGAUCAUUUUCCUGAAAAUAAAAGAAGUAGCUGCGCCAUACACCUCCACGCCGGAUUUGAGAAGGUUCUGGGAAAAGGACAUUAAGGUGGUGAGAGAAGCAAAUCGUGCUAAUUUGUAUAAAGCUGAAGACGACGAAAGAACUGAACUGGUCUUAGAAGAUUUACAUCAAGAAAACGGUGAGGGGCUAAACGAAAAGUUAGAAGCGGCCGUUCAAGAAGCACUUGACGAUGAGACUUAUAGAAAAGUUAAGAGAAUGAGCUAUCAGAGCCAUAACGCCGACGAGGUAAUUCGUACAAUUGGACUUCAGCGGUCACCUCCAUCGAUCCGCUCGAGUAUAAUUGGACCUGGCGCGGCCACACCUCGUGGUGAAGGAUCAAAUAUUAACGAUAUCGCUGCAUUAGAUAAACUGCUGACAUCGUUACUCGGCUUACAAAAUAAACGGACUAGGUCAUUUCGAUCUCAUAUCGGAACACCAAGAGCAAGCCGUUUACCAACUUUGGAAGAAUCAGGAAGAAACAGACGGUCAGAAUCGUGGCCCGACAGAAUAUUCGAAGAUUCUGUAAUACGGAAUGUUAUAAACAAUUUGAAAACUAGCAAGAGGAAUUCUGCAGUUGAUGAACCUUUCUUAACGCCCAAA